GAUAACAGGCAUCCCGCUAAAGCGGAAGAUGACCGUUACUGCUAUCAUAGAGCACUGAUAAGAACAUUCGGGAUUGUAAAUACAGGACAAAGGGCAACAAAAUGACCCUCGCCAACCUUUGUCUGAUAUUCCUCUUCCUUGGUGCGCAUGGCCAGCUCAAUCCCGGGUCAGUUACCGGAGGUAGUGGAACGGUAUCUGGAGGUACAGGAUUUCCCCUCCCGCCAAUGGCCCCUCAUGCACCAAAUGCAAUUCAUCAUGUUGGUGUAUCAUACAAUUUGCUGAAAGGCAACCCAGACGGAGAGUUUUGGUCAACUGGUGGAGAGGACCCAGGAGUGUCACUCACUAGGAAAAUCUUCACAAUAAGCCCUGGGGACAACCCACCUGAAAUAAUAGCAGAGCAUCACGAUGGAUGCCAGUAUUCGCACGGGUUUACACUAUUCUACAAUCCAAAAUCCUAUCAAGAUAAACUGUUGACAAACGUUCAUACUACUGGCACUACAGACGCUGCGCUAAAACCGUAUGCUUUCACUCUGAGCUCUGCUUACAAAGCUGUCGUACAACAGACGUCAAAACAUCACUACAUUUACCAGGAUGCCGCAACAUAUUGUAAACUCGGUCACGUGAGGUAUUCGAUGAAACUGGCAGAGGCAGAUCACUACCCAGUCACGCGGGAAUUUGCGUCAGACGUUUGCUCUCUGCCAACAACUUACGACGCUUCAGCAUAUAUGCAGUUCAUAGAAAACUGGGGCACGCACGUUGUGACUCAAGUGGACAUUGGGAAAGCCACUACAAACCGAUAUGUAGGAAGAAUGAGGGAUCUCUUCAACUUUGUCAUGUUCAACGUAACGGACGAGAUAAGUAUGGGUGGAACUUUGGAUGGGUUCCCAAGUUCCUAUGUAAUUGACCUCGACUCUUACAAAUACCGACAUGAGUAUAAAUACAUAGUGGGCGUGUUUGAAGAUAAUCUAAGCAUUGGCGACAAAUACUACAAUGACGUCAUAGGAAAAACCGUACAGACGAUCGAUAUGGCUUUGGACUCCAAGUACUGGACGUUUAUGAACUAUUACGUUCAGCAACACGUGUGUGCAGCUGGCGAUGCCAACAAUCUAGCGUCAUGGAAAACAAAUAUUGUCACGGGACUGAAAGCUUACCCGGCAUAUAAACAGGCAACGCAAGCAGCAGUCUCACCACUAGCAAUGCCUGCAACAUGGCCACUGGGUACAUAUUCUAUGCCAAAACCAAAGUCCCAAUGUCCGUCGACAGAUUUUAUGGAAGGAACGGUAACAUUGCCUCAGGGAACACACACGGGAACAGCUCCCACUGGACUUCAUCUUGAUGGACAACUCACCAGUAGCCAAUAUUCCCUGGAAUACUGUACCAAGGAGGAUCCCGCCCCUACCCCAUAUGACAUUUAUUGGCCCCGGGGUGAUUACUGUAUACUGCAAUACGACAACAGAUGUCCGUAUGCUUUCAAAAUGGGCAGAAUGCUGCUGAGAGCUUCAAGAUCGUCUUCUAAAUCAGGAAUAGCUCCUACGGGCACUUACGGGCAAUCUACAGAAAUGCAGUUUUGUUGCAGAAAUGACUCCGUGUAUUCCCACAAGAUUUACCUACCAGCAGAUAAACCAUUCUACUUAUUCAAAUUUCAACACGGCUGCCAGAAAGUCAAUGGCAUGUCUGUGACAGACGAAACCUUAUCAUUCUACAAUGAUGUCACUUCCGGCGGAAGCACGUACCAGACGAGAGUGUACGGAAGUUACCCGUAUGUAGAAACAGUGGGACAGCUCUCAACAUAUGCUGCCAAGCAGUACAAUCUGCAUUACUGUUAUUACCAACCUAUUACAAAAUAAAUAAAAUAGAUACAAUUUCA